AUGAAGUAUUCAGCACUUUUGGCUAUCAUUGCCGCCGCUUCCGCAGCCCCAGCCUCCAUUUCUAACACUUGGAGCACCUUGACUCCUACGGGCACCUUGAACGAGUCCGCUUCUGCUAUUACCUCGAUCACCGGCUCGUACGCCCUUUCCAUCAGAACCGUUUCGGCUUCUGUUUCUGAGGGCAUUUCUCUCGACAAGAGAGACCUUGUCAACCAGAUUGGUGACGGUCAGAUCCAGCAGCAGACCGCUGACGCUGAGACCAAGUCCGUUGUCAACCAAAUUGGCGAUGGCCAGAUUCAGCAGCAAACUACCGCUGCCGCUGAGCCAACCACUGCUUCCGUUGUCAACCAAAUUGGCGACGGUCAGAUCCAGCAGCAGACUGCUGCCGCUGAGACCAAGUCUGUCGUUAACCAAAUUGGCGAUGGCCAGAUCCAGCAGCAGACUGCUGCCGCUGAGACUAAGUCCGUUGUCAACCAGAUUGGCGAUGGUCAAAUUCAACAGCAGACUGCUGCCGCCGAGACCAAGUCUGUUGUCAACCAGAUCGGUGACGGUCAAAUCCAGCAGCAGACCACUGCUCCAGCUACUGCUUCCGUUGUGAACCAGAUUGGCGAUGGUCAGAUCCAGCAGCAGACUGCUUCUCCAACCACCGCUGCCGUUGCUAACCAGAUUGGUGACGGUCAGGUUCAGCAGCAGUCUGUCGACGCUGAGUCCGUUGCUCCUACUCAAUCUGUCAUCAACCAGAUUUCCGAUGGUCAAAUCCAGGCUUCUGGCUCUCCAGACUCCUCCGACGCCGGCUCCCCUAAGCACUACUUUGAGGAGACCUGUGUCGCUGACGACUCCUUGACUGUUUCUCUUGUCGAUGGUGAGUUGAGAGACUUCAAGGGCAGAGUUGGUGCCAUUGUUGCUAACAGACAGUUCCAGUUCGACGGUCCACCACCACAGGCUGGUACCAUCUACGCUGCUGGCUGGUCUUUCGUUCCUGCUGAAGUUGCCGGUUUGGGCGAGAAGGAGUCCGACACCAAGGAGGGCGGCUUCAAGUUGGCAUUGGGUGACCAGACCACUUUCUACAAGUGUCUCUCUGGUGACUUCUACAACUUGUACGACGAGUCCAUCGGCGCUCAGUGCUCUGCCAUUGAGAUCUUCCUCUUGAAGGCUGUGGACUGUUAA